AUGUCUUCUGCCGAGAAAUGUCCAUACGAGUCUUGUCAUGUUUCGGACACACUGAAGAGAGUUCUGUGUCAUAUCCGCGAUGCUCACGACCCGAAUCUCCUCCCAGGGGAUUUCAUCGCUCGCCUGAAUCUUCUUCAGUGCUCAUUCUGCAAAAGAUGGUACUUGAAGUUGAAACAACACACUUCUCAAUGCCGUUCUCGGAAAUCCGUUUCUGAUGGUCAACGGUCAAGUCAGGGCCAUACUACACUCGGCGCAUCGUCACCUCCUGGAAGGAACGUCCGGAAGACCCUUUCUGAGUUGCCGCCGUCUCUUACAGUGCCGGAUUCAUUCUCUGGAGAUUCCGCUUGUCAUAAUCCACCUCAGCGCGUGUCCCUACAGGAUGCCCAUGUUGACCUAGAGACUGCAGCCUGGAACAUUAUCCGGGAUCUGCCCUCGGAUGCCAUUCUCAGGGCCAUUCCCCCACGGGUUGUACAAACUAUCAAGCCUGCUGCACGAGCACUCUUUCAUGACUGUUGUGCUGUGGCCCUUCGAAAGAUCCAUGACAAUCCCGGUGACGAGCUAGCAUGGAAGCUGCUCUUCCUCAUUCCACGCAUGAUUCUCACGCCUAUGGUCAGGGGAGGACGUCAUGGCUUUCGUGACGUCAAAGUGAGGUAUCAGAAAUUUCUCAGUUGGAAUUGGUCGGAUCUACUUCAGCUAAAUGGAUCAACUUCAAAGAAGACGCCUCGUUGUAGUGAUGAAGCACGGAGAGCCGCUACCCUGAGGUUGGUGAGAUGUGGAGAGCUUUCAAGAGCUUCCAGGUUGUUAACCAGCAAAGGCCUAGCUCCUGCCUCAGAAGAUACCACAGCAAAGCUGGCUUCCAAGCACCCUUCCAGAGCCACGGGGUUGCAUCUUCCUUCUUUGUCUCAAGAUUCAAUCAAACUGUCAAGCUCAGCGCUGUUUGAUGCCAUUAGACGAGCUCCACGGGGUUCUGGUGCAGGUCUCUCAGGCUGGCGCUUCGAGCAUUUGAAAGUUCUACUUGAAAACGAGCUCACAGCAGAUUGUCUUUUUUCCGCUUGUUCGGCUAUUGCUAGAGGCAUAUUGCCUGCUGCUGCAGUAACCCUCUUUUCUUCAUCUCGGCUAAUUGCUCUGCCCAAGUCCAAUGGCGACAUACGACCUAUUGCAGUUGGUGAAGCUAUACGCAGCAUGGUGUGGCAACCGAGUGUGGCACUGAGCUGA